CCCUGAGAGAACUUCUUGCCAUGGGAGACCCCCUCUUUGCUGAAAACCCAAACCUAGCACCUAGAAUCACCCAGAUAUGAGCCACGAUCAGGAAUAUUUGUGCUACUGACUGCAUUCUUCCUUUUUUCAGGCAGCUGAUCUCCAGUUUUAAGACAUAUCAAUUUUUUUUCCUCACUAAUUUCUCAAUAUUUUCUCCCUCUUUCUCUUCUAGCUUGCCAAAGUAGUGACUGUGUCUUGGCUGUAAAGGAAAGAGCGAGAAGGCACAGACCCCACUUACUCUUUCCAAACAAAGGGAGUGUUUGCCCAGGAAGUGUUCUUCACUGUCUGUCAGAACAGGAAUCUUUCACCUUGGAAAAUGAAGAUGUUGUUGCCAUGGGAACUCUUAAUCCUUCUGUCACUCAAAGAGUGCCUUGCCGAGAACGCCCGCCACGGUCCUGUCUUCACUCAGGAGCCCAGUGACAGUAUUUUCCCCAUGAGCUCCGGCGACAAGCUGGUGUUCAUUAACUGCAAAGCGAAGGGUAACCCACCUCCACACUAUAGGUGGAAAGUGGAUGGGAGGGCCAUAGACUCCAGCUCGGACCAGAGUUACAGCCUUGUUGAAGGGAACCUGCUGAUCAAUAAUCCUCAUUUUAUCAAUCACGGAGGCGUCUAUCAGUGCAUCGCCACCAACGUGUUUGGAACCAUCGUCAGCAGGGAAGCAAAAGUCCAGUUUGCAUUUCUGCAGAACUUCAGCCAGAAGCCGAGGAACACAGUGACAGUGAGAGAGGGUCAAGCCGUGGUUCUCCUCUGCGGCCCGCCGCCACACUACGGAGAGAUCAAGUAUUCCUGGGUUUUCAAUGGCAACCGUAACUUCCUCCAGCAGGAUGCACGCCGUUUCAUCUCCCAGCGGACUGGCAACUUGUACGUCGCCAAAGUGGAAGCCUUGGAUGCCGGGAAUUACACGUGUGUAGUGAGAAACAUGAUGACUAACGCCACGGUGUUCAGCUCUCCAACCCCGGUGGUGGUGCGGGGUGACGUGGUGAUGGGUGAAUAUGAGCCCAAGAUCGAGGUUCAGUUUCCUGACACCCUUUACGUUUCCAAAGGAUCGUCAGUGAAGUUAGAAUGCUUCGCCCUAGGAAACUUGGUGCUGGGCAACAUGCCUGCACACCCAAGAGCGAACAAUGGAAGAAAACUCGAGUACCUUGAGAGAAUCAACGCAUAUGUUGAACAUCUUCAGUGGACCCAGAUCCUGAAAGAUGCACAUAUGGCCAUUGAUGCCAACCUGCAGUGGGAAUGUAAAGCCAUUGGUAAACCUAAACCUAAAUAUCGAUGGUUAAAGAAUGGUCAACCGCUGACAACAAAGGAGAGAGUUCAUGUUGAAGCUGGUAGACUGACCAUAUCCACAAUCCGUUUGUCAGACUCAGGGAUGUAUCAGUGUGUGGCAGAGAAUGAAUAUGGAUCACUCUAUGCCAGUGCUGAGCUCAAGGUUGUGGCUUCGCCGCCUGACUUUACCCAGCGGCCCGUGAAAAAAUCCACGGUGAUCCAUAGAGGGGGAGAGGUGGUCUUAGAGUGCCGGCCCAACGCGUCCCCCAGGGCCACCAUCUCCUGGUGGAGAGGAGGCGAGCUCCUGAGGACUGGCAAGAGAGAGAUGAUCCUGGAGGACGGCACGCUGCGCAUCGCCAACAUCUCCAAGGCGGAUGAGGGCAGUUACACGUGUGUGGCCAGAAACCAUUUUGGAGCAUCCAGCAGCACGGGGGCUCUAGUAGUGAAAGAGCCCACCAGGAUUGUGGUCCCGCCUCUAAGCUCAGACGCCAGCGUGGGACAGAGCCUGGUCCUGCCCUGCCAGGUGUCCAGCGACUCGUCCCUCAGUCCUGUCUUCAAGUGGUUCUUCAACGGCAAGGCCAUUGACUUCAGCCGGCAGGAGCACUUUGAGAUGAUCGGUGGGGGAUUUGCAGGCGACCUGAUGGUGAGGAACAUCCAGCUAAGGCACUCUGGAAAGUACGUGUGUAUGGUACACACUGACGUGGACACGUUGUCGGCAGCGGCAGAUCUAAUUGUUAGAGGACCUCCUGGUGCCCCACAGGGUCUGCUAGUGACCACCAUUACUGACACUACAGCGCAGCUAUCCUGGAGCUCUGGACCAGACAACCACAGUCCCAUCACCAUGUACGUAGUUCAAGCUCGGACCCCCUUCUCUAUUGGCUGGCAGACGGUGAAGACAGUUCCUGAUUCUGUGCCUGGACAGAUGAUGCACGCCACUGUGAAAGAUUUGAGCCCCUGGGUGGAAUAUGAGUUCAGGGUGGUGGCAAUCAACAGUGUUGGUGUUGGAGAACCCAGCAUGCCAUCAAAACAGAUCCGAACCAAAGCAGCAGCUCCCAAGGUUGCACCGGUUAAUGUGAGUGGUGGUGGGGGAGCUCGGGGAGAGCUUGUCAUUACGUGGGAGCCGGUUCCAGAGGAACAGCAGAGUGGAGAGGAAUUUGGCUAUCUUGUGGCUUUCCGACCACUCGGCAGCAGCACCUGGAUCAAGACGGUGCUGGCCUCGGCCGACGUGUCCAGAUACGUGUACAGGAACGACAGCGUUGCACCUCUGUCCCGUUUCGAAGCCACUGUGGGUGUGUACAACAGUGUGGGGGAGGGGCCGUUCAGCCGGAUUAUAAAAGUGCUCUCUGCAGAUGAAGAGCCUUCCGCCGCUCCAUCAAGAGUAUGGGCUCAUUCCAUCUCUGCCUCUGAGAUUGAGGUGUACUGGGAACCAGUUCCUCCCAGGUCCAGCACUGAGAACAUCAUAGGGUACGAGGUUCUCUUUUGGGAGGGAAGCUCUGAGCAGCGUGAAGCAGACAGGGUGAGGGUUACCGACAGCACGGCGCUGCUCUCCGGUUUAAAGAGCAGUACGGUCUACCUGAUCUCAGUGAGAGCCCAGAACAGUGCCGGACUUGGACCCUCUAGCCCCUCCAUCAGCGUCGCCACCAAGAAACCACCACCAAGCCAGCCUCCGGGGGCCAUUGAGUGGAACCUGACCAACUCAAAGAUCUUUCUGAAGUGGGAUCACGUCAAGGCGUCGCAGAACGAAUCCAAGGUGACGGGAUACAAGGUUGUGUAUCGCCAGAGCUGGCAUGGCAGGACUACGGUACUGCAAACCAAUAAGACCAGCGUUGAGCUGGGGGUUCCUUACGGGGAGGACCACGUCAUCGAGAUCACAGCGCUGACUGAGGGGGGCCAUGGAACCAGCAGUGGGCCCAUUCACAUACCAAAGAUGUCCAGUCUGAACUCAAAAGGACGUGUGGCUAGAAUUCCAGUGAAGAUGUACUGUUUUAUCCCCUUUGGACUUCAUUUAUUAAUCCAUCUACUGAUGCUAUAAUACUGAAAAUAAACGCAGUGCAUAUUUUUCCUCCUACAUGUGACAUUUGUCGAAUAAACGGCGGCAACUGUAACAUUUUUCAGCCUCUGGUUUCCAAGGAACAGGAGCGGAGUGAUGGAACCUUGGUGAAAGGUUGUCAAAUGCCCACAAAGUGCUGCUCUCAGACAACGGCACAAAACAUCUCCUGCUGGGCUGCAACACUGCACAAUGCAUAAAUUUGUCAAAGCUGAAAAGUGGACCUUCUCUCCUUUCACUGUCAAAUGAAUUUGAGCACAGCUUCAUGUCCCUUUUUUAUUUCUGUGUGUGCUUAUUUUGCAUUAAUGUUUAAGUCCAGUUUCAGCUUGUUUUGAUGUGAAACCUCUCACCUUGGUCCACAAAUUUCUCUCUCAACCAGCAGGUUUGAAAGAAAAGCGUCCCAUCAUCCUCUUCGCUUUGUUUGCUGAGGACGAGCAGUUGAGCCUUGAUUUUUUUUACUUCGGUAUGAAAGAAAAACCUUUGAAGAAAUUGUAAAUAUUUGUUACCAUGCUGUAGCCAGCCUGAGCUAAUGAAAAUACACUUUUAUGAUACAGGUUAGAAAUCUCCCAAGAUAAGAAGACAUCUGGCUUUCUAACCUGUAUCUGUUCCAGGCUAGAGUAGAUCAACAGUAAGCAUCAUUAGCUUAGCAGCUUGAAACAGAAGUUCUCAAAAUUUUCAACUUCCAACCCAAAGGAUAAUAAUUGCACAGAGCUGACAAUCUAUCUACUGCAGGUUGAAUACAAAACAAGCUAUUGCGCUUGGUCAGCUUAUUCUUUGUCACAUUGUGCUGUUAGUUUUCCAUGACCCAGAGUUGCUGUUGACAACAAACUUAAACUAUGCUGGGAAGUGACUUACAGCAUUUCAGCUGAAGUUAAUGGCUGUAGUUAAAUAUCUAGAUUCUUGAGUAAACCCCCAUCACGGUGGAUGAAGACCUCUCUAUCCUCUCUGUGACAUACAUGACGAACUAAAAAUCUGAAUGUUCCACUGAUCACCGUGAGCUGAUGACACAGAAGAUCUUAGAGCGACUACUUUUAUGUCUCCUCCCUCCUCCUUUAAAAAACAAUGACAGAACAUAUCUUUGACAUCAUGACAUGUACAUUUACUUUUUAAAUCAUAGCCUAAAAACUCAAAACUUCCUUUGGUCAACGUGUUGCACAAUAUGGGAGUGUCCACAGCUAGGAACUGUUUCCAUAGGAAACCCAGCGCACGUGCUCUCCUUUUCCAAGGUGUCUGAUCAAGGCUCUAUUUAUUAGUGCAGAGACUGAAAAAUAUGAAUUUCAGCUGCUGAAUGAGAGCAGCAGUGAGUGGCUCAAGCAAAGAGCUAAAACUUAACAAGAUGUACUUCAGACUUAAAUUCUCUCCAGCCAUCUUGCAGUUGAGCAGGGGUGUCCAAAGUCGGUCCUGGAAGGCCGGAACCCUGCAUGUUUUAGUUCUCUCCCUGGUUUAGCGCACCUGGAUCAAAUGAUGGCUUGUUAGAGGUCUAAGAGGAAGAUUGACUUGCUGAAAAGGCUGUUGCUACCACCAGGGAGGGAUCUAAAACGUGCAGGAUGCCGGCCCUCAAGGACCGACUUUGGACACCCCUGCCGUUGAGGGGUGUACCCAGGGCUUUAACCAGGUGUGAGGGUGUUUUAUGUGACUUAGCCUGAGACUGUUCAGAUUCUAUUGUUUUGCUAAAUCUGGCCGUUUUUACCUCCUGUCUUCUGAAUCUGAGAGAUGAUAUGCAACACUUUUUUUCUACAUUUGAUAAUUGAGACAAAAUCAAUGAAUGCAUCUCACCCAGUAGCUUUGUUCCAGCUCAGCCCUGCUGUUGAUAUUGGCUCUUUAUUGGGGCGAUCGGUUCCUGCUAACGCAGCGUGGUGGCAGAAUGGGAGCAGAUCCAUUGUUAAAGUAAUUAAUAACAGGUUUGCUGUUCCCUCUGCAAUUAGUGAAAGUCUCUGAUGUGAGUAGAGCUGCUCAGUAACCACAAGCUCAAAUUUAUAAACAUAAUUAUAUUAGACCAGCUAAUGGCUAAUGUUGGCCCAAGCAGUGGUGUUUAGUUAGAGACGAGCCAGUUAGGAGUUAACACAUUUCUUCUGUUUAAUUCAUUCCUCUAAAGCUUGUGUAAGCUAUAAAACAUGUUUUUUACCGAAGUUCAUUCAGUUGCUGUGGAUUAUUGUUCGUCUAUAUUGAAGAUUUGCCAGCUGAAGUACAUAUCUUCAUCCUAUCAAUGGCACUGCUCAGUUUCUCAAAGCAGACAGUCAAAGGCCAAGCUGCUUCUUUUUUUCUCGAUGUUAUGCAAGAAAACACGGAGUGACCUUGUGAUGCUUUAACACGUGUGCAGAUGCUCUGAGUUGCAUUUUUAGCCGAGUUUCUGUCAGAAAUCCAUUAAAUCGCUCUGCCUUAGCAAGUUCAUAUACUGUUUAUGUUAAAUGUCAGAAAAGAUUCACUCUAAACGUUGAUGCAACCAAACCGUUUACUGGUACUGUGUAUCAAACCGAUGAAGUCGUCCUGCAUCAAGACCAUUGUGCUUAUAAUGUAAAGAGAUGGAUUUAUAAUGAUAGGACAGAAUGAGGAAUGUUAUUAUAUUAUUUUAAUUGUUUGCAUUUUGUGAUUUGUUUUUGUUAUUUUGCGGGAAGAAAGUAUUGGCUGAAGGAAAAAACAUCUGAAAACUUUAAGAAGUACCAGAGUAUUAUGAGAGGUAGUUUCCUAAAGUAGAUUUCACAUUAAGAGUCAAAUACGUUGGUGUGUGAAGCACUCUCCAUUCUGUAUAACAGAUUUGUUUUGCAAAAUUAUUCAUAUUAUUCAGUUUGUCCAAAAUUUGUCAUGUGUGAAAGAGUAGCACAAAGUAGUGCAAGUGAUACAAUAUGAAUAUUAAUCUGUUUUAUACAGUUAUAAAUAAGUUUUCUUUUUUUGAUUUUCUUUUUCUACAGAAUUGAAUCUGAAAAGUGUGGUGUGCAUACAGACCCCUGGAUCCAUUAUUAAUAGGAACACCUUCCACUCAUAUACAGAUGCUGGUCUUCCAGUCUGGCAGCUUACUUUCCCUUUUCCCUGUUCUUCCUUGUAGAAGCUGAAGCUCCAGAUGGGAAGCAGAACAUCUGUGAACAUGAGUUUUUAGUUUUGCUAGCUCUUUAUGUCUCGACUAUUAGAGUUGAAAAUGCGACCCCGGGGCCAUUUUGAGCCUCUGAUUUUGUGCAACCUUCAGCCACCAUUCGACUAUAGCACAGCUCUGGUUUGCUAACUCGAGUAGUUGAGUUAGUAGUCAUAUUUUGACUGAUUUGAAGCCUUUUAAAAUUCCUAAAAUUGAUCAUGUAAGGUGCAGCACAGAUAAUUAAUCUUCUCUCAACCUUAUUUCUAUAUUUGCUAUGAUUAAAUUUGAUGUUAGAUAUGACCACAGUGACAUUUACUGGGAUGCAGACAUGGAGGCACACAUUUAUUGAGCUUGGCAAAAUGAAACAAUAAUGGGCCGCAGCUGGUUUUUGUUGCUGAAAAUACAAACACAAAUUAAAACCUAGACAAAACGAAUCAAUCUGAAGAAAUUAUUAUUAAUUGAUUGAGGUCCAGUCUAAAGUCUCACAAAACAGCUGCAUUCAGGUGGCUCUCAACUGUUAACAGAACAUUUAUAUACGAGUAUCGGACGGCUGAAUGCACGGGCAAUCCACACUUUUCAG